AGGAUACUCAGUUUUUGAUAUCCAGCAGUUUCAACUCUUGCGCCUUUUCCAUAUCUGAAAUCUGGUAUCGCGAAUCGCGAAAGUGUUUCAAGAUGCGUCAACUUACUGAAGAGGAGACAAAAACGUUGUUCACCAAGCUCGCCAAUUACACGGGGAGAAGUCUUUCGGCGCUCGUUUCUGAGACAGGCGAUGACAAUGACCGUCACGUUUUCCGUAUGCACGGCAGCAGAGUGUAUUAUGUGCGGCUUAGUUUAGCCAAUAUGGCCACUUCUAUCCCUAGAUCGUCUCUGUUGUCGUUAGGCGUGGCCAUCGGUAGAUUCACUAAGUCCGGGUUAUUUCGCCUUAGUCUGACGGCGCUGGAUGUGAUUGCUCCCCAUGCGCGAUACAAGGUGUGGAUUAAGCAGAACGGUGUUAUGCCAUUCCUUUAUGGCUCCAAUGUGGCCAAGGCCCACGUUGGGAGAUUCAGCGAGGACUGCCCGGAAAAUGCAGGUGUGAUUGUUAUGGAUAUGAACGAUACUCCUCUGGGAUUCGGUGUGACCGCGCGGUCUAGUGCUGAGACACGGAGGAUGGAGCCCACGGCUAAUGUCGUGUUCCGUCAGGCGGAUAUUGGAGAGUACCUGAGAGAGGAAGAUACUCUCUUUACGACCUAAGCCAAAGGCCUUGCAUACGCGGGAUCGAAUAUGGGAUUUUCAUACUAGAUACCUGGGGAUUCUCGCAGGAGUUCUGGAGUCGUCUGUCUGUAUAUUUAGAAAAGUGGUUUCCAUUCCGUAUUCUCAAUCAAUAUAUUGUUUGACAAAGAGGAUUGCAUGUUUCCGAAUUCAAAGAGCCAAGAACAUCUC